AUGGCCUCCAGGCAUCGUUUCUUCAUUGCAGAUCUCCGGAAGGGAUGGCCGGAGGAGAAGCCAUACCACGAGGUUCCGAUCGCAUUGGUGCGUUGGAGAGGGCGUGAUGGGGCACAGAGAACGGAGCUUGUGAGAUUCUACUCCCACAUGCCUGCACGGCCCUUGCGGGCUUUCUACAGGCAGCCAGACAUGCACACCCGGGAACUACCUUUCGCAGAGAUGCAGAUUGCAUGGUUCGAGAUGACCAACGUAUCAGAAAGUGCAGAGCGGAUGGAGCCCAAGAGCUUUCUGGACUUCAGUUUCUCAACCGCAAUGGGAUUGGUCUGGAGAUGUGCGCAUGCAGCCCAAGCAUACUCGCUCCACGAUCGCAGUGCAUCCAAUGCGAAUGUCCUACUGAAUAAUCUGUUCUGGAUGCCUCAGAAGACGAGCUACGCCUGGCAUUUUCGCAGGCUCACGGUCCUUCCGGAUCCCGUUUUGCAAGCAGAGUUCCGUCGCCACCAGCAAGUUGACUCCAUACUCGACUCCAGGCUCGAGAAGUGGUACAAAGAGGAGGCUGCGGCGCGUUUCGAGGAGUCAGCCUUAGCCUUGCAGAGUUUGCCCCUGAGCCGCUUUCACUUGGCCGUCCUUGGCUCUCACGACCUCUCCAGGCCGGCCAAGGCCCGACGAGCAGCCAGGGCCCUGAACCCCUUGGGAAGCUGCAAAGGUCACCCCCACGGCCACAAGAUCUUGGUGCACUGGAAUGCGGUGAAGACGGCACGAAAAGAGGCGCGAGACAGCAGACAUGGGCCGGGGGAAGGCGAGAUCUUCAUGCCUCACAGCCGCUUCGCCCUUCUCCAGAUCUGCCUCUAUGAUUUUAUGUGGAAUGGCGCCUGGGGCCAGGUGGAGAACCGAAGCGGAUCCGAGGCUCCCUUCGGAAGGCUUCAGGAGCUCUGCUGUGCACACUUCGCCAGCAGGUGGUGCAAGACACCGCCCGGCCAAGUGCGGAAGAUCCAAACCUUCCCGCAAACCCCGUGGGGUGCGAGAUGUCCAGCCACAAGCUCCGCCACAGACAGAGCAGAAAGAGCAGAUUGGGAAUGCCCAGCACCAGAGAUCUUUGAGGAAGACAGCUUCUGGCGGGUUGCUAUGAUCCUGAACCAGCACCUGCUCAGAAAUCCCUUUUGGGGCCAACCCUGCGAAGUCCAAGUGCGAGAGCCUCUCGGUGAAAGUUCGGAGGAAGACAUGACUACCAUUAUUGCAUUGCUGUUAUUGAACCCUCCUGAUGGUGAGGAGGAGGAGCAGGAGGAGGAGGAUGCGCUAAUCAAUUUAAAUAGGUGGAUAAACAAUCGGUAA